GACCAAUUUUAGUUUGUUUUUUAUUAAUAAAUUUAAAGAAAUUUUUUAAGUUUUUGUUUUAAAUAAAUUGAAAAUUUAACAAUAAUUUACAAAAUGUUUACCACACCAAGAAAACAAAAACAACAUAGCAUGGAUGCUAAAGAAUACCACAAUUCUCCCCAGCACAAGAGUCUAAUAAAUAUUAACACAAACACCCCUAUACCAACAACAUCGUCAACCACCACCACCACCAAUAUCACGAACCCAAUAGUAUUUGAAAAUGGCACUAUGUUUGGUGCCAUCUCCCCUGAUACAACCAACAAUUCGGCUAAAUUAAGCGUAACAUCAUCGGAUAAUACAACAACAUAUCUAACAAUACCGGAAAUAGUGAUUAGUGCUAGCUCUAGCUCAAAUACUCUCAAUCGUAGUCGCUGUGAAAUGUCACAGGCAAAUAGCGAAGAAAGUGCCAUGGAAAGUACUGCUUUGCUAGAGGCCACAACAACAACAACUUCAUCCAUAAUACCUUCAGCUGGCAUCAGUGAUAGUAAUGAUGAGCCAGCAGUUUUGCAAGAUGAAUUUGAUCAAUUUAUCUUAAAUCGCACAACAUCCGAAAGUAACAUUUUAGAAUCGAGCAUUUACAGUGAAUUACAAUUUCCACCCUCUCUACAUGGUGGUAGUAUUCUAGCCAUUAACUCUAGCAAUGGUGUUGGCACUGGUGGUUAUGUUAGUAGCAGUGGCGGGCCCAAUGUUGCUACACAACUAGCCGGACCACAAACACCCCCUCAUGGCAAUGCACGUCAAACGAAACGCACGAAACGUAAACACAAAACAAAAUCUAAAUGCACAGCUACGGCAGCUACAUUAGCAGCUGCUGCUAGUCAACGUUCAUCACCUACACAUUAUCCUCCACGUUAUACGGCUAUAUUUAUGGAUGCUCAUCAUCAUGGCCACCAACAAUAUGGCAAUGUUAUGACAACAUCCAGUCAACAUCAUAGUGGCGGAGGCGCUGCCAAUGCAUUGGGACAAAUUGCAAGUGCGGCAGCGUCAUCGCCAUUUUUAAAUGCACCUGUUGCUCAGGAUACUGCUGCUUAUAUGCAACAAUUUCAAUAUUUCCAACAGAGACCCAUGGUUACGACCAUGUCCCCAAUGGCGGGGCAUCAUAGACAUCAUAGAUCACUUUAUGAUGGUGCCACAACAACUGCUGGUAUUGAAAAUCCUUUAAAUUUACAUCACACCACAGCAACAACUGCAGCAGUUGUACCACCAGCAGGUGGUGGUAUAACACCACCUAUACGUCUUAGUUUUCGUAAAUGGUUUUCACGACCCUCAUUACCCUUUGUUAUUGGUAUAUUGGCAUUGGGCGGUGUUGCCUGUACAUUGGGUGGUAUUGUUUUGGGUUCGACAGGUCUCAUCGAACACUCAACACAAUAUUUAAGUGCUGCUCUAUUGAUGAUUGGUAUUGGUGUCUCUUUGCUGGUAAUAUCUGGUGCAAUUUGGCGUUUAAGUUUACCCGAUGAUGUUGAUGAAUGUCCCUGCUAUCGUCACAUGGAAAUGUGUAGAAAUUGUAAUAGUCCCUAUUGUAAUAGUCGCCUAAUGGGUGGUAAUUAUUUAUAUCCUGAAUUUCAACAUCGUCCACCACCUCCUUCCUAUUUGACAUCGUUGAAUGAAUGUGCCGGCAUGAGUUUACUAUUUCAUCCCACCGCCUCGGCUCCUCAGGCAGCAGCUUAUAGUACAUUACGUGUAAAUACCCCUCCACCACUAUAUAGAUCCACAAAUUCCCUAAGUGUUUAUGCCACAUCUCCUCCUCCUUCUCAUCCAUCUCACUCUUUAACACUAACAAGUGCUGGACAACAAUACACUGCCGCCAACACUUCUACAAUAGUUCCUAAUUUACCACCCAACUCUGUGGGCAUUGUGCCGGAUCACAGUGUCAUUACAAUGAGUACCGUCAUGGAGAAUCUACAAGCCCAAACACAACCCUUAAUAAAGGAAUUUAAUUAUUUAGAACUGGAUUAAUAUUUAAAUUUAUUUUAUUUAUAAGUUUUUUUUUCUUAAAAACCAAAUUGACUGAUCACACUAUUAUUAUUAUAAUUAAUAAC